UGUUCUCUAUCGAUCAUCAUGAGAUCUCAACGUCUUUUUGUUACCGCAAUGCGUUUGACGUUACUUGGUUUGUGAAAUGAUGCCGUCUUUUUUGGGGUUGUUUGGAUCCAAUAAAUUAGUCCGUAGUGAUGCUGCGUGUUGGUUGAAUUAUGCACUGAGAAAAGGGGAGAGAGAUGAUGCCAUCUUUAUAAAACUGAGCUAGCUUCUGGAGUCCUUUUUCACGAUUUUCGUACAUUUUCGUUCAUCGUAAAUCUGUUCAGUUGCUGCCUUGUAAGCUCUCUGACGAUCGCAUACGAACCAAAUGUUUUUCAUUUAUAUUCAGGCGAAGGUGUUAAAGAUAGGGGUGGAUUUUUCUGCUGCAUGAAGCGUUUCCUUCUCCACAGAGGGCUGAGGUUUCAGUGAUUAAUUUCAGUAACUAACAACAUUGCAUGCGCUGGUUGCUCUGAUGGCUUCUUCUUCAGCUGGCCAAAUGGAUGCGGAGGAUUCUGCCCAGAGUCUUUUGGACAGAAGACAAUCAGAAAUGGGAAGCCAUUACGUUGAUGAAUCUGGCAUCUACUUGUCAUCAUUUGCUGCAGCCAUCUUCAUCAGUGCAUUUGCCACCAUUGGGGUUCUAAUGCUUGCUUUGCUUGUUGCUCUUACUGUAAUGUUAAACUCCUGCGAGAGUAGAGGAUCCGGAGUCAUCGAGUACUUCAGAACAAGCGAUGACCACCAUUACUGCAAUGUUUUUGCUGUUCACGCUGAGCUCAACGGCCUGAGAACAAACGAAUUCCCCGCCAUCUGCAAGCAUUACUCUCGUAACUACAGUAAUGCCAUCAAAAUUUCGGUGAAGUUGGCUGAGAGCUACUUCGACGCUAUUAAAGCCAGCGAUCAUCGUCUGGAUGUAAUACUGAUGGAUGUAGAUGACAUGUUGAUACCAGGAAUUAGUCAUUGUCGGAAGAAGCAUGUUGAACAUGAAAAUCCCGGUAAGGAGCUUAUUUUGAACUUGUACUUGAGACUCCAAGCUAGAGGUUGGCGUUUGAUUCUGUUUACAAGGAAACACUCAAGGUACAGGAAUGAUACCGUAGAGAAUCUAAUUUCUGCAGGUUACAGCGGAUGGUCCUCAUUGAUCAUGAGGUCAGAUGAUGACGUCGCGCUUGAAAGCUGGGAAUACAUCUCAGGUCGAAGGAUGGAGCUGGUUGAGCGAGGAUACCGGAUCGAAAGCUUAAUCAGUAGCCAUAUGGACACAUUCAGGGGUACGUGCUUGGGGAGAAGAAACUUCAAGAUCGCGAAUCCAGCUUAUUACAAUCUACAGAUCCAAGAGGAAAGAUUCUGAAGUUCGAUAAUAUAUAUGCGAAAAAGAAACACACAUGUUUUGUUGCCUAUACAUACAGCCCAUGAUUUAAUUUCAGUGCGCGUAUGAGUUUGCUCAAGCCCUGUAGAUAGCUUGUACUGAGUGAGGUUCGCUUCAGAAUUCCAAUUUAUAUACAUUAUUAAUAGCGCUUUAGUAAAUUAUUAUGAUCGAGCUUUGUUUUUUAUUUUAGUUUGUUUUAUUUUGCAAUGAGAAUAAAAGGCUAUUUUGCAAAACACCGACUCCGCUAGCUGUUAUUCAAGAGCUUGUUCAAAGCAAAGAAAAUCACUGAUCGAAGCGUUUCACGAAACAAAAACAAAAAAAAAAAAAAAAA